AUGACCGACCGCGACCGCGUACAUUGUGCCAUAUUCCUACUCCGAAACGAAGCUCGUCACUGGUGGGAAGGAAUCAAAGAAGGAACAAACCUCGAAACUCUACCAUGGAACGAUUUCAAAGUCCAAUUCUUCGAAAAGUAUUUCUCGAAAGACGUGCGAGCCCACAAACUCAAAGAAUUUCUCGAACUCCGCCAAGGCGACUUACCAAUGAUCGAAUACAUCCGUCGUUUCGAACGUGGCUGCCUCUACGCCCCAUUCAUCGCUCGAGACGCUGAGGAAAAGAAGAACCAUUUCAUUCGCGGCCUCCAACCCGAAAUCCGUAGAGACAUUCGUAUGUCCGACGCCUCGACUUUCCGCCAACUCGUAGACAAAGCACUCAUGGCUGCCCAAGACGAGGGAGAAAUUCAAAACAAACGCCGACCGACACCAAAUUUCCAACGCCCAUGGAAAAAGAACAACUUUGGCAACCGCCCAUUCCGAGGAAAAAGAACGCAGCCCAUCCGCCAACCAACCGGACCACCGCCACCGCCGCCAAGGCCAACCUGCCCAAAGUGUGGAAAGAGUCACUCCGGAGAAUGCAUACAAGGAACGAGAAGUUGCUUCCGAUGCCAUCAACCCGGACACAUGGUAAAGGACUGUCUGAAACCUCCACCGAACGUCCCCGGUCGAGUGUUUGCCAUGACUCAAGAACAAAUCGAGCAAGACCCGUCUAUGAUAGCAGGUAUCAUAUUUAUCCUCGAAGAACCCAUAUAUGCUCUAAUCGAUUCCGGCUCUACUCAUUAUUUUAUAUCGAAAGACAUAAUUGCGCACUUAAAUCUCGAACCGAAUCGACUAAAUUACGAAUACCGAAUUAUCAUUCCCUCUGGCGAAGAGAUGCGCUCCAAUCUAGCCACAAUCAAUUGUCCAAUCCGAGUUCACACUUAA